UUGGAGGUGUUCCUAUCCCUAGUCCACGGAUGAGGAAACUGAGGUUCAGAGGAGGGUAGCAGAACUUUGUACUAUUUCUCAAAAACAGAAAACUAGCCAGUGUCAAGGCAGGAAGAAGAAACCAGGUCUCCAGACGUCUUCCAGUUCUCAUCCCAUAACCCUGGGCUGCUUCCCAUAACUGGGACCACUCUGGGCUACCCAGGAAUCUGCUCCGAGGAGAGGUGGAGCAAAGUGGGGCGGUGCUGAGAGGGAUGAAGCUGGCAAGGUCCCAGUCCCAAGCAGAAACUAGUGAUCCCUCGGAUUGGAUGGUGGAGGGAGGCCCGAUUGAGAACAGACACCCCGGGACAAGAGAAACCCGGAGCAUAGGCAAGAGAGGAGUCGCUUCCCCUCCCUGACACAAGGAAAGGAGUGGAGGAGGAUCCCAGACUGGAGGCGCUGUUCACGCAGCCCAGACCAUGGGUGUAAGGCUCUGAGCCAGACAAUGGGGCUGCUGCCCAUGCUGCUGUUACUGCUGUGGCCUCCCCCUACGAGAACGCGCUGCCCCGACUUCUGCAGCUGCAAACCCGACGGCGCCCUGAGCUGCCCCGACGCAGGCCCCGGCUUCACCAGGCUAUCACUUACCUAUCUCCCUGUCAAAGUCAUCCCUUCACAAGCUUUCAGAGGACUUAGUGAUGUCUUAAUAAUUGAAAUCUCUCAGAGUGACUCGCUGGAAAGGAUGGAAGCUAAUGCCUUUGACAGCCUCCUCAAUUUGUCUGAAAUAUUGAUCCAGAAUACCAAAAAUCUGGUGUACAUCGGGCCUGGAGCCUUUACAAACCUUCCACGGUUAAAAUAUCUGAGCAUCUGUAACACAGGCAUACAAAAGCUCCCAGAUGUUACAAAGAUUUUCUCAGCUGAAUUUAAUUUUAUUUUGGAAAUUUGUGAUAAUUUACACAUAACCACCAUCCCAGGAAAUGCUUUCCAAGGGAUGAAUAAUGAAUCUGCUACACUCAAACUAUAUGGAAAUGGAUUUGAAGAAAUACAAAGCCACGCGUUCAAUGGGACGACACUGAUUUCACUGGACUUAAAGGAGAAUAAGAACCUGAGGAAAAUGCACAACGAUGCCUUGAGAGGGGCCACUGGACCCAAUGUGUUGGAUAUUUCUUCUACCAAGCUGGAGGCACUACCUAGCUAUGGGCUGGAGUCCGUUCAGGUGUUAAUUGCCACAUCAUCCUAUUCCCUAAAGAAAUUACCACCCCGGGAAAAAUUUGUCAGUCUUCUGGAAGCCACCUUAACUUACCCUAGCCACUGCUGUGCAUUUAUAAACCUGCCAACAAAGGACCAGAAUAUUUCACUUUCCAUUUUUGAAAACUUUUCCAAACAAUGUGAAAGCACAGCAAGGAAACCAAAUAAUGAAACAUUAUAUUCUUCUUACAGCUAUUCGGCCAUCUUUGCGGAGAGUGAACUAAGUAUCUGGGAUUAUGACUAUGGCUUCUGCUCACCUAAAAUACUUCGAUGUGCUCCUGAACCAGAUGCCUUUAAUCCUUGUGAAGAUAUCAUGGGCUAUGACUUCCUUAGAGUCCUCAUUUGGCUCAUAAAUCUCCUAGCAAUCAUGGGAAACUUCACUGUCCUCUUUGUUUUGCUGACCAGUCAUUACAAAAUGACAGUGCCCCGUUUCCUCAUGUGCAAUCUCUCUUUUGCAGAUUUUUGCAUGGGGCUCUAUCUGCUGCUUAUUGCUUCAGUCGAUUCUAAAACCAAAGGCCAAUAUCAUAACCAUGCCAUAGAUUGGCAGACAGGAAGUGGUUGCAGUGCCGCUGGUUUUUUCACUGUGUUUGCAAGUGAACUUUCUGUCUAUACACUCACUGUAAUCACUCUAGAAAGGUGGCACACUAUAACAUAUGCCAUGCAGCUAGAUCGAAAGCUACAAUUAAGACAUGCCGUACUGAUCAUGCUUGGAGGCUGGCUUUUCUCCACGAUAUUUGCAGUGUUGCCCCUUGUGGGUAUUAGCAAUUACAUGAAGGUCAGCAUUUGUCUCCCCAUGGAUAUUGAGACCACACUCUCCCAAGCAUACAUACUGAUCAUCCUGGUAAUCAAUGUGGCUGCCUUCAUCAUCAUUUGUGCUUGUUAUAUUAAAAUUUACUUUGCAGUCCAGAAUCCAGAGCUUGUAGCAGCCAACAAGGAUACAAAGAUUGCCAAGAAAAUGGCAAUACUAAUAUUCACUGAUUUCACCUGCAUGGCACCUAUCUCAUUUUUUGCCAUCUCAGCUGCUUUCAAAGUACCUCUCAUCACAGUGACCAACUCCAAAAUUUUACUGGUGUUAUUUUACCCAGUUAACUCCUGUGCAAAUCCAUUUCUGUAUGCAAUUUUCACAAAGGCCUUCCGAAGGGAUUUUUUUCUUUUACUGAGCAAGUUUGGCUACUGUAAAAACAGAGCAGAACUUUAUAGAGUGGAGAAUUUUUCAGCUUAUACCUCCAACUGCAAAAAUAGCUCCCAUGGAGCAAAUAAGGCCCCUCAAAACACACUGAAGUUGUACACUACGGUCCUGGGAGAGACUUGUAGCAAAGGAUGCUAGCUAUAAUGUAACUGUAGCACCGUAGGGUCAGAGCUAUAUUAAUACUACAGAAAUUAAAGUAUGCUUCUACAAUUUUGUUAGCUAUCAGGGAUGUUUACACAAAGUAUUUGUUUUGCACAAUCAUUUGCUCUUAAUGGUGGCCAUGUGGAGUAGUGGAUAAGGGGCUGACCUAAAGUUGGGAAGACAUGCGUUCAAGUCCUGCCUCUGACAUACUUUGGCAGUGUUGGCUUGGGCAAAUCUUUUAAGCUCUCAAUGCAAUGGACAGGUCUCUAAGACUGUAAGAUACAAAGAGGUUGCCAACCUGCAUUGGUGAAGGGAAUUUCCUCACCUGAGAGAUCUCUAUACUAUUGAGAUCACAGGUCUUAUCCCCAACCUUGUCUUAGACUCAGAGGGCUGAACUAAACCUCCAGAACAUCAUAGCCAUUCUCCUUCCAUAGGGUAUUAUACUUCUAAGAUGUUCAUAACAAUGAAAGCAUUUAACAUCUCUUAUUUGCUCUGUGCAGCUUUUAAGCGCCCUGAGGAUAUGGAAAUGUUAUAUUUGUUGUUUAGUAAACGAAAUGUAUUAGGGAAAAUAGAUCUUCUUUAGAGGCACCAUCUUUUGACUUUAAAUAGAAGAAAACUUUGAUGUGCUGUAAUUUUUAUACUUUUUGGUGGCAAACUAAUACAAAUGUGUUAAAUCUCUGGUAGGCAGGGGCUUUAUUUGAUAGUAUCUUUACUAUAUGUGACAUACUGGUUUUCAUCUGAAGUGGGGUUUUUUGUAGACUCUUUUGACUUUUCACUAAAUACAUUAUAGUCAUCACUACUUAGCUGUUUCUCAACACACCUUUUCUACCCCCCUCAUCCUUAUUCGAUGGCACAACAAAAACUGUCUCUUUAUAUACAUUGUAUUCUUAUUAAAAAUCUCUCUCUUGACAUGAGAAGACCAUUCUCCCCAAUUCUUUACAGAGCUGGGGACCACAGGUGUGCAACACCACAUAGAAUGUCAGACUUGUUUGAUGUAUUGAUUACUUUUGUUGAACUUUUUCUUCCUCUUUUUUUAUUCGUUGUUAUAGGGAGUGGCCCUCUGGAUGGAGGGACACAGUGGGAAAGUCAAUGAUAUAAAAAACAAAAGAUAUCAAUAAAAAUUAUUUUUAAAAAAAUGAUAAAUGUGACAAAUUGAGAAAUCUGGGAAUGCUUGUAGGAACUGAGAGAGGAUGAAGUUAAUGGAACCAGAACAAUCUGCAUGAUGACCACAGUGACGUAAAGGAAAAUAACACUAAGCAACUUCACAGCUCUGGGUGAUGCAGUGAUCUCUCCUGCUUUCAUAGGUCUGAGAGUGAAACAUAACAGCUGACCCUCUGCUAAGAGGUGGGGGAAACAUACAGGAUUUGUUUUACUUAAGUACAGUCCCUUCUUAUAAGAGAAGCUUCUACGGAGGGGAAGGAAGGAGCCGAUAGCAAUAUUAAAAAACA